CGCUAGGAGGGGCUCCAGCGUCGGCCUCCAGUAUGGCGGAGCUCGCGCCCCGCUCCAAGCGUGCGCGCAAGGCCUCCUCGCGCGUCCGCGUCUUCGACGAGGAGACGCGCAGGCAGAUUGUGCAGAAGCGGCUCGACGCGCUCGAGGCCGACAACUGGCACGUCCCGCGCGGCGCGGAAGCGGACGACGACGAGUACGACCCGUGGGCGGAUGCGUCCUCCGGCGACGAGAUGGCGGUGGAUGGCGCCUCCAAGCGGGCCUCCAAGAAGAAGAAGGGGAAGAGGAAGCGGGACGCGUGGUCGGCGCCGCAGAGCCAGAUCAAGUCGCUGCAGGAAGUCAUCGACGAGGCGCAAUACCACAAGUACCCCUCCUGGGCCCCCACCUACCUCUCGGUCGCAGCCGCGCCGAGCCGCUACCCGCCGCGCCGCUUCUGCUCGGUGUCGGGCGUCGCCGCAAAGUACAAGUGCGCCGUCACGGGCGACUACUUGGGCUCGCUCGACGCCUUCACCACACACCGCGAGACGCGGCUCAAGGGGCUGGUAUGAGAGUGAUGAGUGUGAGAAGCUGUAACAUGUGGAGAGGGGGGAGAGGCCAGAGUGCUAAACUUUGGGCGGGUUUUU